AUGUCAUCCUCGAGAGCACACGCCCUUGCCCAGCCACGCAACCUCCCUCUCAAUGUCAACGAAACGACCUGCAAAGACCGCACGUAUAUCGUCACUGGCGCCAAUGUCGGCCUUGGUCUUGAAACAACACGCCAUCUCGUUGCGGCUGGAGCAUCUAAAGUAAUCAUGGCCGUGCGUAGUCCUACCGCCGGUGCCUCUGCGCUCGCGGACAUUGAAGCUAGUACUUCGACCAGUGGAGUUGCAGAGGUCUGGCAUCUCGAUUUAUCCAGCUUCGCCUCGGUGCGUGAGUUUGCUGCACGGGUAAUCGAAGAGCUUGGACAGAUUGACGCUGUGAUUGAAAACGCGGCUGUGGCGAUUGAAGGCACACGCGCGGAGGGAUAUCCGACCACUCUGACCGUGAACGUGCUGAGUACAAUGUUACUGGCGGUGUUACUGCUUCCCAAAUUGAGGUCCGAUGCAGUGAAGUAUGGAUAUGUGCCGCGGGUUAGCAUUGUCACGAGUGGAACGGCUUUCGAUAUCCGAGAGGCGUGGGAGAGGGUCAGAGGGGAUGCGAUUGGGGAGAAUAGUAAAGACGAGGGGAUGGCAAUGUACCCCAUGUCAAAGCUCCUUGAGAUCCUCUCAGUGCGCGAGAUCGCGCGACUGCUUCCUGUCGCACGAGGAAAAGUGGUCAUCAAUUUGAUUAAUCCGGGCCUUUGCGUAACAAGCCUGUGUCGGAAUGGGAGCCCUGAGUUGAAGGAGGGUAUAAGGCAGUUGUGGGAGAAGUGUGGUCGUUCUGCAGAAUGUGGUAGUCGGACGCUUCUCGCAGGGGCAGUGGCUGGUGAGGAUAGUCAUGGUGUCUAUAUGAAUGACUGCGGCCUAGCAGAGUAA